CUGUACGCUGAUGGGUUGAUUACUAAAAAAGUCAACAAAAGAAAUUGCAUUGACUUGUUUGGUUCACCUGGCCACUCGUCGGUCGUCAUAGUCUGCCGGCGGGAUGGACUUCGGCGCCGAAUUGCCGCCGCCAUUUCUCUCGACGGGAGUAACGCCGGGGGAAAAAAUAUACAGAGCAGUCUCGUCAGUCUACAAUUCUCUACCGAAGAAAGGAAAGCCUCAAGGCCGCGAGGUCACCGUGUUGGCUGCCUUUCUCAUUUCUUCUCCACAUCGCGAACUGGAGGUUGUUUCGCUUGGAACUGGGACGAAAUGCAUUGGGCGCUCUCGCCUGAGCUCAAAUGGCGACGUUGUUAACGACUCUCACGCUGAGAUUGUGGCCAGAAGAGCUCUUUUGAGGUAUUUAUAUGCAGAGGUUAAGCGUCUUACUGAUGGUUAUCAUAGUCAUACAAGCAAUCCUGGGAUGGAAAUAGGGGAUGGUGUUGGCGACCAAAACUUUCUGUUCAUUUCAAUAAGAGAUGAUUCUGGACGAAGACGAUUGGUGAUGAAGCCGGGUUGGGAAUUACAUCUGUACAUAUCACAAUUUCCGUGCGGAGAAGCCUCACCGAGUUCAGAACUUGCUCACCUAAGAGAGAGUCAUUCAAGGACUGACAAUCACUAUUAUUCCCCAUUAGAGCUCAGUGGAACAGUUGAAGGAGAACAUUCAAUGGUUAUUGGCACAGUUUUGAGGAAGCCAGGUCGUGGAAAUACGACUUUGUCAGUCAGCUGCUCUGAUAAGAUUGCCCGAUGGAAUGUAGUUGGAGUUCAAGUUGGACAAUCACCUAUAAGCUCUGACAAUUCCAACAUUGAAGAACGAAUGAAGAGAGCUGUGUAUGACCGGCUUCUACCAUUAUCAUCCAAGAUUAUGUUUCCCUAUGAAGUGAAAAAGCCAAUUUUCAUGGUAGCUCCAAUACCGUCAACCGAGUUUCAGCACUCUGAAACUGCCUCAGCCACCUUAACAUGUGGGUACUCCAUAUGUUGGAACAAGUUGGGCUUGCAUGAAGUAAUUCUUGGUACCACUGGAAGGAAGCAAGGCACCUCUGCAAAAGGAGCAUUAUCUCCAUCCACCGAGUCAUCUGUGUGCAAGAAGCACCUUUUGGAGUUGUUUUGCUCAAUUUAUCGUGAUAUGCUGGAUCAACAUGCUCUGUGUGAAACCUCCUAUCAAGAACUAAAGGGACAAGCUGUGGAGUACACUAUUGCUUCAAGAACCUUCAAACAGAGCCCUCAUUUUAAAAACUGGUUUAUGAAACCUUACAACUCUGAGGCCUUCAUGCAUACUGGACACUAAGGCCAGGAUCAUAAUGAGGAGGCAUGGUGCAAGGGCUUGAUUCUGAAGCAUUGUUCACCAUUGAAAACAAUCUGAAUUUCUUCCUCAACCCUUUGACAGAACAAAUCAGUGCCUCUCGGCACACUUCAACAGCUCCUUCAGAUUUACCUCUUUUGGAUGAGAAUUUCCCCAAUCUACUGCAAAUUUGGUUGAUCUGCAUUUUUCUUUUUCAUUGAUCGGCCAAUAAUGGACCGUGGGUACAAGGCUUCGUGUGAAGAAAUCAUAGUAGCGAGGGUUUAUGAUCAGACUCAUGGAAUCACAGGCAAGAAUGUACUUCUCACUCACUGACCACGAAACUCCUUCGACAUAAAUUUUAUACCUGCCACACACAAAUCAUUGUGUGAAAGUGGAACAAUGCGUAGUCUUGAACUGUCUAUGAGUUUCACAACAACACACACCUAUAAGUGCAUUGGUUCGCCAAAUCUGAGGUGUUGAAUCCCUGGGUU